AUGGAGGGAGGAUCAAAUGGUUUCUCUAAUAUUCUUUCUAUCCAACUUCUCUUCAUUGCCCUCUGUCUCUUCAUUGCCGGUUCUUCCUGUCUUAAGAUCGGAGAGACAUGUUCAUCUAACAGCAGCUGUGAUGCCGGAUUAAGUUGUCAAAGCUGUUCUGCUAAUGGUAAUACCCGACAGAGAUGCACCAAGAUCCAGCCAUUGAGUCCAACAUCGAAAGUCAAAGGUCUGGCAUUCAAUAAGUAUUCAUGGUUAACAACACACAACUCUUAUGCUCUUGUGGAUGCUGAAUCAGAUACGGGUUCACCUUUGCUCUCUCCUAGAAAUCAAGAAGACACGAUUACUAGUCAACUUAAGAAUGGGGUUCGAGGACUUAUGCUAGAUAUGUAUGAUUUCAUGAAUGAUAUCUGGUUAUGUCACUCCUUUGGUGGUAACUGUUACAACUACACAGCAUUUCAACCUGCAAUUAAAUCGUUGAAAGAGAUUGAAACCUUUUUGGCUGCAAACCCAUCAGAUAUUGUCACCAUUUUUAUUGAGGAUUAUGUGACAUCCCCACAAGGCUUGACCAAGGUUUUUAAUGCAUCUGGCCUUAGCAAAUACUGGUUUCCUGUUUCAAAGAUGCCUAAAAAUGGUGAAGAUUGGCCCACUGUUGAUGAAAUGGUGCAGCAGAAUCAACGUUUGGUGGUCUUCACUUCCAAAUCAAAUAAAGAGGCUACUGAAGGAAUUGCCUACAAUUGGAAAUAUGUAGUUGAAAAUCAAUAUGGAAAUGGUGGGAUGAUAGCAGGUUCCUGUCCAAAUCGAGCUGAAUCACCUCCUGUGAACACAAAAACGAUAUCCUUAGUUCUUCAGAAUUACUUUCCAACUAAUCCGAAUAUAACAGGAGUUUGCUUGGACAAUUCAGCUCCACUAAUUAGCAUGACCAACACUUGCCAAGAAGCAGCUGGGAAACGGUGGCCAAACUUCAUUGCUGUUGAUUUUUAUCAGAGAAGUGAUGGUGGGGGAGCCCCAGAAGCUGUGGAUGAAGCAAAUGGACACCUUACUUGUGGAUGUGACAAUAUUGCCUAUUGCAGGGCAAAUUCUACAUUUGGUACCUGUGAUGUUCCACCAAUUGCACCCCCUCCACCUGCUGCUGCUGCCGGGGGAAACUCACAAGUUCCUGGUGGCAAUCCUUCCAACAUCGCUUCCUUGGAUCGCAAACCUGUCCAACUACGGUGGUUGUUCGGGACAAUUUUGAUGAUUACACUCUUAUCAUGA